AUCUCUCAGCCAUCAAAGCCAACCUGACUGAGCGUCUCCAGGCCAGCGUCAACAUGUCAUCUAGUCUGACUCAAGAGAGAGAUCUGCUGAACAUCAGCCUUGUUGAAAUGACUAGAGACUUGAACAAGCUUCAGAAACCAUCUUGUCCUGUUGGAUGGAGGAUGUUCAGUUGCGCCUGUUAUUUCCUCUCUAAUGAGUCUGGUUCCUGGGAAAAGGGUAGAGAGGACUGUAAAACCAGAGGAGCAGAUCUGGUGGUCAUAAACAGCUCUGAAGAACAGAAGUUCCUCUCUAACUUCACCAAGGAAGAAAUUAUGGCUUGGAUUGGUUUGACUGAUCGUAUCAAGGAGGGGACCUGGAUGUGGAUUAAUGGAGCUCCUCUGUCUCUACAACCUUUUCUGUAUUGGCGGAGUGGGCAACCUGAUAACAAUGGAGGACAUCCUUCUCUUGGGGAAGAGGACUGUGCCCACAUCAUAUAUGGAGGGGAGGGAAACAACUGGAAUGAUUUGUCAUGUGAAACCAAUAUGAGAUGGAUCUGUGAGAAAAUGGUUUAGCAUUGGUGCAUUAUUGUGUGUUUGCUGCUUCUACUGCUUCUAUAUUAUAUUUAAACAUAAUUCCUUUGCACAAGUGUGUAAGGUUUCAUACAAUUUUACUCACAGGGGGCACUACAGUAACAUUAAUGAUAUUUCUACAAUUCUGGGAAUUUGGUGCACAAGUUCACCAUAAGCAUGUGCACAACAAAGAAGCUGGACAUCUUGUGGCCAGUUAAAAAAUACUUUGUGUUUUGGUGAAUAACUCCUGAACUGUGAGGCAAAGACAAAGCAAGAGAUUCUCAAAGGUGUACCUGUGUCCCUUGUACUUAGUGUGAAAAUGCACAACUGUAUAUGUUUUGACAAAUUACAGAACUUUGAUUAAUGUACACAUCAAUCACCAGAAGCAGCUGCAGAAGAUGAAGCAACCACAUGCAUUUUCUUCUAGGAAUGAAAAUAUUCUAGUUUGGAGAUUAAAAGUUUGUAAAUUGUUUUUAUUGUAAAGUAGAAAUAAUGAAAGACAUUUGGAAUGACAUUUACCUACAAAUUAUGGCUCAGAGGAUAAUAAAGACAAUGAUUUAUAAA